AUGGCAGCCAGGGCGGGAUGGACGGUGUGGAUUGCCACGCCUGUCUUCCGCCCUGGGCCAAAGGCAGCCAAACUCCUGUUCGCAUUUGGGGCGUCCCACUCUGCCAGUAUGCGUUCUUGCGAGUCGUCAAUGCAAGUCGUCCAUGAUGUAUUGUACUCUUGCAUGGCAGUCGUGCACUUGGCGCCCGUAUAUAUGUUCAACGCUUGGUUUGUGGUGGUUGUAUUGAAUGCACGAGCGAAUGAUCUGCCAUGGGAUGCUGUCUUUCGGUUGGUGUUCGGCAGAGAAACCUCAGGAGGGGGCCAGCUUGCUCCCAAGUCGUCACCACAGUUUCUUUUCGCCUUAGCCCACCCGCGCAGUAAGGCUUCCAGCUGGCAACGGCGCUCAUUUCAUGCAGACUUCCUGCCAGCAGAGGGGUUCAGGCAUCCUUGGGUUUAG